AUGGCUGCUACCGGAGUUUUGCCCUUUAUAAGGGGAGUAGAUCUCAGUGGAAACGACUUUAAAGGUGGUUAUUUUCCAGAGCAUGUCAAGUCCAUGAGCAACCUCCGAUGGCUGAAACUGAACAGAACAGGGCUGUGUUACCUCCCCGAGGAGCUGGCCUCUCUGCAAAAGCUGGAACAUCUUUCUGUGAGUCACAACAGCCUGAGCACCUUACAUGGAGAAUUGUCCAGUUUACCUCAUCUACGGGCAGUGGUAGCCAGAGCCAACAACUUGAAAAACUCUGGAGUCCCAGAUGACAUCUUUCAGCUUGAUGAUCUCUCUGUGCUGGAUCUGAGCUACAAUCAGUUGACUGAGAUUCCGAGGGACCUGGAGAACAGCAGAAAUAUGCUUGUGCUCAAUCUCAGUCAUAACAGCAUUGACUCCAUCCCCAACCAACUGUUCAUCAACCUGACAGACCUGCUGUAUCUGGAUCUGAGUGACAACAAGCUGGACAGCCUUCCACCUCAGAUGCGACGCCUCGUCCACCUACAGACACUCAUACUAAACAACAACCCUCUCAUGCAUGCCCAGUUGCGCCAGCUACCCGCUAUGGUGGCGCUACAGACUCUUCACUUAAGAAACACUCAGAGGACCCAGAGCAACAUGCCCACCAGCCUGGAGGGCCUGACACAGUUAGCAGAUAUUGAUCUGUCGUGUAACGACUUGACACGGGUGCCUGAGUGCCUGUAUUCACUGAGCAGCCUGAAGAGACUGAACCUGAGCAGUAACCAGAUUUCAGAACUUUCUCUCUGUAUUGAUCAGUGGACCCAGCUGGAGACACUUAACCUUAGCCGCAACCAGCUCACCUCACUGCCUUCUGCGAUGUGUAAGCUGUCCAAACUAAAGAAGCUCUAUGUAAAUUCCAAUAAACUGGACUUUGAUGGAGUUCCACCAGGGGUGGGAAAACUGGUCAGCCUCACUGAGUUUAUGGCUGCUAACAACAACCUAGAGCUCAUCCCAGAAGGACUCUGCAGGUGUGGUAAACUGAAGAAACUGGUGCUGAAUAAGAACCGUUUGGUGACACUCCCUGAGGCCAUCCACUUCUUAACCGACUUAGAGGUGCUGGAUGUACGUGAGAACCCCAACCUAGUGAUGCCUCCUAAACCCGUAGACAGAGCAGCAGAGUGGUACAACAUCGACUUCUCUCUCCAGAACCAGCUACGGCUGGCUGGAGCUUCACCUGCUACUGUAGCGGCUGCUGGAGGAGGAGUCAGCCACAGAGAUCAUCUGGCGAGGAAGAUGAGGUUAAGAAGAAGGAAGGAUUGCUCUCAAGAUGAUCAAGCCAAGCAGGUGUUGAAGGGCAUGACUGAUAUCGCAGAGGAGAAGAAGAAGAUGGAGGAGGAUGGAGAGUUGAAAUAUGGUGAUUUAAAAAUUCGCCGUUGGGAUAAGGGUCUGGAGAAGCCUCAGUUGGACUAUUCAGAGUUCUUUUUGGAGGAUGUGGGACAGAUACCAGGUGUGACGGUUUGGCAGAUAGAGAAUUUUAUUCCUGUUCAAGUGGAUGAAGCCUUCCAUGGCAAGUUCUAUGAAGCUGACUGCUACAUUGUUCUCAAGACCUUCCUGAAUGAAAAUGGAGCACUGAACUGGCAGAUCUUCUACUGGAUUGGUCAGGAUGCCACACUUGAUAAGAAGGCUGGCUCUGCCAUCCACGCUGUGAAUCUCAGAAAUUUGCUUGGCGCAGAGUGCAGGACUGUAAGAGAAGAGAUGGGAGAUGAGAGUGACGAGUUCAGUGCUGUGUUUAACAAUGAGAUCUCCUACAUUGAGGGUGGAACAGCCAGUGGAUUCUACACUGUCGAGGACACAAACUAUCCUCUCAGGUUGUACAGAGUCUAUGGCAAAAAGAACAUCAAGCUGGAAUCUGUGCCCACAAAGGCCUCCUCUCUUGACCCUCGCUAUGUGUUCCUGUUGGACACAGGUCUGGAGAUCUUUGUGUGGAGAGGUGCCAGUGCCACCCUUGGAGGCACUACAAAGGCCAGGUUAUUUGCAGAAAAGAUCAACAAGAAUGAGCGUAAGGGUAAGGCAGAGAUUGUAACCCUGAUGCAGAACCAGGAGCCUCCAGAGUUCUGGGAGGCCCUGGGAGGACAACCAGAAGAAAUCAAGAAACAUGUACCAGAUGACUUCUCACCUAUGAGACCAAAACUAUACAAGGUGGGUUUAGGUUUGGGCUACCUGGAGCUGCCUCAGAUCAACUACAAGCUAUCAGUUGAACACAAAGAUAAUAAAGUUAAACUGGACGCUCUGCCAGAACUCAGGCUGCUGCAGUCUCUGCUGGACACAAAGAGUGUAUACAUCUUGGAUUGCUGGUCUGAUGUUUUCAUCUGGAUCGGGAGGAAAUCUCCGCGUCUCGUCCGAGCUGCUGCCUUGAAACUGGGUCAAGAGAUCUGCUCCAUGCUGCACCGGCCAAAGCAUGCCUGCGUCACCCGUAAUUUGGAGGGAACCGAGUGCCAGGUGUUUAAAUCUAAGUUUAAGAACUGGGAUGAUGUACUGAAGGUGGACUACACCAGAGCAGCCGAGACUGUUAAACAGAAUGACAGCCUACACAGCAAGGUGAAAAAGGAUGUGGAGCAGAAAGACAAGAUGAAAGCUGACCUCACUGCUCUCUUCCUGCCCAGGCAACCGCCCAUGCCUCUUACUGAGGCUGAACAAAUGAUGGAGGAGUGGAACGAAGACCUGGAUGGCAUGGAAGGAUUUGUGCUGGAGGGCAAGAAGUUUGCUCGUUUGCCAGAGGAGGAGUUCGGACACUUUUACACUCAGGACUGCUACGUUUUCCUCUGCAGAUACUGGGUGCCUGUGGAAUAUGAGGAGGAUGAGAAGGAGAAGAAGGAAGGUGAAAGUGCUGAAGGUGAGGAGGAGGACAAACAGCCAGAGGAAGACUUUCAGUGUGUGGUGUACUUCUGGCAGGGCAGGCAGGCCUCCAACAUGGGCUGGCUCACAUUCACCUUCUCCCUGCAGAAGAAGUUUGAGAGUCUUUUCCCCGGAAAACUAAAGGUGGUUCGUAUGACGCAGCAGCAGGAGAACCUGAAGUUUCUGUCUCAUUUCAAGAGGAAGUUCAUCAUCCACAAUGGGAAGAGGAAACAGCAGAGUGACUCUGCUCAGCCUUCCCUCUAUCACAUACGCACCAACGGCAGCGCGCUCUGCACCAGGACAAUCCAGAUCGGGACUGAUUCCAGCAAUCUGAACUCUGAGUUCUGCUUCAUCCUGAAGGUGCCGUUUGAGAGCACAGACAAUCAGGGCAUUGUUUACACGUGGGUGGGCAGAGCUGCUGACCCUGAUGAAGCUAAACUCGCCGAGGACAUCAUGAACAGCAUGUUUGAUGACACCUAUAGCAAACAGGUAAUUAACGAAGGGGAGGAGCCAGAAAACUUCUUCUGGGUGGGCAUUGGCUCUCAGAAGCAGUUUGAUGAAGAUGCAGAUUAUAUGAAACAUGCUCGACUCUUCAGGUGUUCAAAUGAAAAAGGUUAUUUCUCUGUGUCGGAGAAGUGCUCAGACUUCUGCCAGGAUGACUUAGCUGAUGAUGACAUCAUGCUGCUGGACAAUGGCAAAGAGGUCUACAUGUGGGUCGGUACUCAGACCAGUCAGGUGGAAAUCAAACUUAGUCUCAAAGCGUGUCAGGUUUACAUUCAGCACAUGCGUGCCAAAGACUCUGAACAUCCGCGGAAGCUGCGACUGGUGCGGAAAGGAAACGAGCCUCACUGCUUCACGCGCUGCUUCCAUGCGUGGGGAGUUUUUAAAACUCCUCCAGCAUAGACACAUGCAUGCUGCUUUGUACUUGAUCCAUCAGUGGUGUUUAUGUGAUGACUGCAGUUCACAUAAAUGAAAUUCUUGUGAUUACAAACUGUCACCUGUCUUUCUGUGUGCACGCUCCAGGAUCAUGCCACCCCCCCCCCCCCCCCCCCAGAGAAUUAUGUUUUGAUUUCAAGGUAUUUUUGUUUGUUUGUUUGUUUAAAUAAAAGAAUGAGUUUAGGUUCAGUCCGCUAAAGCUGGUCAGGCUUUUAAACCUUUUCAUGAGUGUGCCUGUAAACAGACGAGGUGCACAUUAUUUCUACGUACGUACAUAUCACUCAUCUGAGCUUGCUGCCAAUUUGCACAGGUUGUUGCAAAGUUUGUAUUAAUUAUAGCCACACACCAGCUGAACAGAAAGCAGCUUUAUAGUGUCUCUGAGGAAUGUCUGGCUGUUUAUACGUCUGUCGUCACAUUGUUUGUUUACCUUUGGCACCUUCACUGACACCCACGUCUGCUCACUCGUCUCUCCCUAUCAGUCUGCUGAUGUUUUUCACGGUAUCUUAAGGAAGAAAAUGUUAAUUUGUCAAACUUGGACCACUUGAGGGGUGAGUGUGAGAAGGUUGGGUGCAGAUUUUAGGUCAGAGCAUCACUUUAGGGGCUGCUGUGUUAAAUGUGCAAUGAUGAGUACAUGGGAGAAAUCAAAAUGUGCAGUCACUGUGCUCGUUCUGUAGCUGUGGGAAUGUAAGAAAAAUUUAGGUUUUCUACACAAACCUUUCUCCCCUCCAGUGUGUGCAUUUGGCUCUUUUGGAGGCAGACUUCUGGUUUCACUGAUCCCAGAUCAGUACUUUUACCUAUAUAUGUAGAGAUCAGUGUAACCAGAGGAUGUUACUGUGCAAUGCCAUCGGUUCAGGAACCAAACCAACACAGUAAAUGUCACCAUGGAGCUACCUUCAUUUGCUUUGUACCUUUUUUUUUUUUUAAGGGAAAAUGUCUUUCCCGCCUGUGUAUGGAUAUGAUGUGCACAUGCUCCUGAUGCCACCUGAAGUUUUAUUUAUGGAUUUUAUAUUAAAUUGUUACAUCACUGAG